CGAAGGACGCUAGCUCUCUCCCUCGCUGAGAAGUAGAGCGUUCGGCCGCGUCCGGGGCGAGCGUCGCGGCCUCUCUCUAUCUCGCACUGCAGUCUAUCUCGAGUGGGCCGGGGUCCCAUAACCAGGACGCCGCCCGCCGCCGUAACGAAGUCACGGAAAUUGACUAGGAGGAGAGCAGCCAGGGCGUCCGUCAGUGGGUCCGGGAGCGGCGGUGAGGCAGCACGCGGCACGCGGCAACGGAACACAGCGGCGUCACCAUGCACGGCGGGAAGGGCGCGAAGCAGGCGAUGCAGUGCACGCUGCUGCUGCUGCUGGCGGCGGGGCUGGCGGACGCGGCGCGCAUCCUCGCCGUCUUCGCCAUGAAGGGCCAGAGCCACACCAUGGUCAACGACCCUCUGGUGCGCGGGCUGGCGGCGCGCGGCCACACCGUCGACGUCUACGGCCACUUCGUCCCCGCCGAGCCGGUCGCCAACGUCCAGUACUUCAAGCUGGAGCGCGCGGGCACGCUGGCGCCGGGGCUGGACAUCAAGGCGUACGAGCACGCGUACACCAAGUUCGUGAACCCCAUCAAGCUGAUGAGCAGGGGUAUCGACGACUGUGAGGCGCUCUUCAGCGACCCCGGCGUGCAGCGCCUGCUCAGCUCCAACACCAAGUACGACCUCUUCAUCACGGAGCUGUUCAACACGGACUGCUAUCUCGCCUUCGGACACCGCUUCCAGGUGCCCGUCGUGGUGCUCAGCACCAGCCCCAUCCUGCCCUGGGGCAACUGGCGCUUCGGCAACCCGGACAACCCCGCCUACAUCCCCAACAUGUACUCGGGGUCGUCGGACACCAUGACCCUGCUGGAGCGCGGCGUCAACGCCCUGCAGGUGGUGUACACCAACGUCAUCAAGACGCUGUACUUCGACCCGAUCGACCAGGCCGUCAUGGAGAGGGCGCUGGGGAAGGCGCUGCCGCCCGUGGCCGAGAUGGCGCGCAACACCAGCCUGCUGCUCGUCAACACCUUCCACGCCCUGACGCUGCCGCGGCCGCACACCGUCGGCGUGGUCGAGGUGGGCGGCAUCCACAUCACCAGGCCGGACCCGGCGCCGCUGCCCAAGGACCUGGAGCAGUUCGUGGGCGGCGCCAAGGACGGCGUCAUCCUCUUCUCGCUGGGCUCCAUGAUCCGCACCUCGUCGCUGCCCCAGGAGAGCGCCGUGGCGCUGCUGCGCGCGCUGGGCACCCUCAAGCAGCGCGUCGUCUGGAAGUGGGAGGGCGAGGCGCCCGGCCCCGUGCCCAAGAACGUCCGCCUCUCCAAGUGGCUGCCGCAGUUCGACGUGCUCUGCCACAACAACACGCGGCUGUUCAUCGGGCACGGCGGCCUGCUCAGCACGUCCGAGGCAGCGCACUGCGGCGUGCCCCUGCUCGGCAUCGCCAUGUACGGCGACCAGCGCACCAACCUGGCCGCGGUCGCCAAGCACGGCGCCGGCCGCAGCCUGCCCUACAGCGCCCUCAAGAACGCCGACGUGUUCAUCAAGCACGUCCGCGAGCUGCUCGACGACCCCAGCUACCAGCAGAACGCGGAGGUGCUGUCGCAGCGGUUCCGCGACCGGCCCAUGUCGCCGCUGGACACGGCGGUGUACUGGACCGAGUACGUGAUCCGCCACAAGGGGGCGCCCCACCUGCGCGGCGCGGCGCGCAACCUCGCCUGGUACCAGGAGGCCCUGCUGGACGUGCUGGCCGUGGUGGUGCUGGGCCUGGCCGCCGCCCUCUACGUCCUGUUCGCCAUGGUGCGCGCCGUGCUGCGGCUCGUGCUGCGGGCCACCUGCGGCUCGUGCGACAACAAGGACGCCAAGAAGAAGAAGGCGUAGUGUGUCUCCGUCCCACCCCGGGCCCACCCCGGGCCAGCAGACUGGUUCUCAACGGCAGUCGCUGUCUCACUCGCACCCUCGCCUGUGAGUGCGAGUGAGACAGAGCGACAGUGCGGAAUCGCUCUGCGAAGACUGUGGACGCUCCGUGAUGUGAAGUGCGACAUUUCGCCUGGGGCCCCCCAUGGGGGAGCCAGUGCCUUUUCAGGGGGACCUUGCGACCUUUCGGCUGUGAGAACCCAAGUGCGCCAAAGAGUUUCCAGUGACGACGGCGGCGGUGUGGAGUGCCGCGAGAGCCGCAAGGCCAACUUUGUUCCUCGUUUGUUGUUGAAAAUGAUCGGGAGAGAACAACACCAUCGAUACCGAUGUACAGUUCGGUACCAUCUGGCUACUGCACCAUGUCUUCCAGACUGCAUGUCUCAGUUUGUUGUAAUGUUCAAUUUAGAUCGUAAGAGUCCGUGUGUAAAUGAGGUUCUGUUCCUUUCCAUACGCGAGAAGGGGUUGUCUGUGAUAAACAUCAACUAUACUGACCUAUGAAUAGGAUAAAUGUCAAGAGAUCUGUGCUCAGGCCUCUACUGGCAUUUCCCAUGACAUUCAAUAAACUAGUUUUUUAAA